CGCUAGAGAUCCUAUUUUUAAUCGAAAGAUAUGGUUUGCUAUACCUGAAACUGAAAUCCUCCCUGUAUUUAAAAAAUCUGGGCUUUUAAUUUCUACCUGAUUUUUGUUAAUUUUUUAUGUAUGAUACUUUUAGCCUUUUUGGAAAGUAUAUGACAAUAUACUAUUAGGUAUUAGCUACUGAGUAGUGAGUACAGGCCACGAAGCAACCAUUUUCUCAGAGCACACCUUCGUUGACUUUUUUGGCGACUUAUCUUGAACCAAUGUCUUUAACCACAGUCCCAACGCUCCCCAUCAGAUCCGGCCCUUCCGGCCAUCACUCGAUGCCUGUCUUAGGUUUCGGAACUGCCGCGUCUCCGCUACCGGAACCAACGAUGCUGAAAGAGACGGUGAUCGAAGCCAUCAAGCUCGGUUAUCGCCACUUCGACACAUCUCCAAGGUACCAAACAGAGGAGCCCAUCGGCGAAGCUUUGGCCGAGGCCGUCUCUCUCGGUUUAGUCCAAUCUCGAUCCGAAUUCUUCGUCACUACCAAACUAUGGUGUGCUGAUGCUCAUGCCGGUCUCGUCGUACCGGCCAUCAAACGGAGUUUAAAGAACCUAAAACUGGACUAUCUUGAUCUUUACCUAAUUCAUUGGCCGGUUAGUUCUAAGCCUGGUAAAUACAAGUUUCCUAUAGAAGAAGAUGAUUUUAUGCCAAUGGAUUUCGAAGCAGUAUGGUCUGAAAUGGAGAAGUGCCACCGACUCGGGCUUGCAAAGUGUAUAGGAGUAAGCAAUUUUUCAUGUAAGAAGCUGCAACAUAUCCUCUCAUUCGCGACAAUCCCGCCAAGUGUUAAUCAAGUUGAGAUGAGUCCAAUAUGGCAACAGAGAAAACUAAUGGAGCUGUGUACGUUGAACGAUAUCGUUGUCACAGCGUAUUCAGUGUUGGGAUCUAGAGGUGCUUUUUAGGGAACUCCCAAAAUUAUGGAAUCAGACGUUCUUGGAGAAAUAGCCAAGNAAAAUUGAUUUGGGGAAAAUUGAAUUUGUAACUAGUAACAGGUGAGUAUGAGAUGGGCUUACGAACAAGGAGUGAGCAUGGUGGUGAAGAGCUUUACAAAAGAGAGGUUGGAAGAGAAUCUAAAGAUAUUUGAUUGGUCGUUAACAGAAGAGGAGACGCAAAGAAUCUCUACAGAGAUUCCUCAGUUUAGGAACCUCGGCGGAGAGGUUUAUAUAUCCGAGAAAGGUCCCAUAAAGUCUGUCGCCGAGAUGUGGGACGGCGAGAUCUGAUCACUCUUUGUGGAACCACACAAUCAUGAUUCAUUAGAAUCAUUUACUUACAGUCCUGUUAUAAUAAAUAAGUACAUUCUAAAAGUGAAUGAUGUUGCAAAAAUUAGUCAAUGGUGCUAAAAUGUAAGAAGUAUUGUUUGCGUUUGAAGAGGCCGUCGACUUUGUCUCGACGGUUUUCAAAACU